GCUAACCUCUACCAGCUAACAGGCUACUGUUCAUGGUGUUCAGACAGACCUGAGACAUGGACAGCCAAUGGCGGGAUCACAGCUCCUGGCCCGGCGAGUCUGCGCCGAUGUCAUUGCAGCCGGUGUCAUGGCAACCGUCAAAGGAUGGAGAGCGUCUGAUUGGUCGGAUCGUGCUGAAUAAAAGGAUGAAGGACGGGACGAUUCCUGCUGACAGCGGAGCGCUGCUCGGACUCAAGGUGGUCGGGGGGAAGAUGACCGAGUCGGGGCGUCUCUGUGCGUUCAUCACCAAGGUGAAGAAAGGGAGUCUGGCUGACACGGUGGGACACCUGAGACCAGGGGACCAGGUCCUGGAGUGGAACGGUCGGGCUCUCCAGGGAGCCUCGUUUAACGAGGUCUACAACAUCAUCCUGGACUCCAAAGCCGAGCCGCAGGUGGAGCUGCUGGUCUGCAGACCGCUCGGAGAAGUUUCCAGAAGCGCCGACAUCUCACAGCUGGAGUCCAGUUCCUUUGACUGUCAGAAAGUCUCUCCGUCUCCCAUCAGCCCCGGCGUUCUGUCCGGGCCAGUGUCUGUGUCUAACCGGCGCCCGCUGGUUCCUCGGAUCCAGGUGAAGCUGUGGUACGAUAAAGUGGGUCAACAGCUGAUCGUCACGGUUCUCGGAGCCAAAGAACUUCCGGUCCGAGACGACGGGCGCCCCAGAAACCCUUACGUUAACAUCUACCUCCUGCCAGACCGAAGCGAUAAGAGUAAGCGGCGGACAAAAACAGUGAAGAAGUCGGUGGAGCCGCGGUGGAACCAGACCUUCAUGUACUCUCCGGUCCCUCAGAGGGAGUUCAGAGACUGGAUGCUGGAGCUGACAGUCUGGGACCAGGCCCGGGUCCGGGAGGAGGAGAACCAGUUCCUGGGAGAGGUUCUGGUGGAGAUGGAGUCGGCUCUGUUGGACGAUCAGCCUCACUGGUACAAACUGCAGCUGUACGACGUUUCCUCGAUGCCCAGCGCCCCCUACCUGCAGAGGAGAGGACUGCAGCACAAUUAUGACUGUGAAGACGGCAUCGGGGUGAUAUCAGAUUUCAGGCGGGACUUCCACAGCUCCACCCUAUCAGUGCCGGAGCAGGUCAUAUCGUCCAAUAACAGCCCUCGAUCCGACCUGGUCAGGAUGAGGUCACGGUCACCGAGCCAACCAUGUGCUCACAGCGGUAACCCUCUCUACCCGUUGUACCGUGAAGGCGCACACACGGCGGUUGCACACACCAAAACCAAACUGGGCGAACCCUCAAGGCGCACCGACCCAGAUGGGUCCGAUGGGAACGCCUGGCUCCAGCCGCCGAGGACGGCAGCUGCCCAUCCUCCCGCCCAAAGCAACGCCGGAGAAAAUUUUGGCCACGCCUGCCGCAGCAGCACCAAUUGCAACUGUAGCUCCUCCCACUCCACAUCAACAGGCCCCUCCCCCUGUCAGCAAACAAGCCCCUCCUCCCCCUGCCAAUCCUAUACCACCUCCGCGUAUACGAAUCCAGGCCCCGCCUCCUUCUGGACCCACCAACUCCCAACCACCCCAAGUCCAAACCCCAGCUGCAGUACCAGCCCCUCCUCCGGUACAAGCCCCUCCCCAGCUCCAGUACCUGACCCUCCUCCGGUACAAGCCACUCCCCCAGCUCCAGUACCAGCCCCUCCUCCGGUACAAGCCCCGCCCCCAGCUCCUCCUACGGUACAAGCCCCGCCCCCAGCUCCAGUACCAGUCCCGCCCCCUGUUCUAGCUCAAGCCCCGGCACCAGUUUCUGCUGCUGCUCCGGUAGAAGUCCAAGCCCCGCCCCCAGCUCCUGUUGCAACUCCUGAACCAAUCGUACCCCCUGCUCCAGCUCCUACACCUUCUCAAGCCCCGCCCCCUGCUCCUCCUGUAGUCCAAUCACUGCCAGCUUCUGAAUCAACUGUUCCCCCAACACCGGCACCAACACCAACACCAGCACCGGCAGCGGCACCAACACCGGCACCAGCCGCGCCCCCACAACCUCCAGAGCAAGACAGACGUCCGUUGACUCCCGGAGGAACCAGAAAAGGUGUGAUGAAGGAGCCGUCCAAGAUGGUGGACAGUCUGUCCUUUAAAUCUACAGACAGUGAAGUCAGCGAUGUGUCUCUCCUCAGGAUCAGCGGGGCGGAGCCUCCCGAGGGCCAAUCCGAGGGUUUGGGGGCGGGGUCAGAGGGAACACAGGAAGCCGCGGUGGCGGCCGGGGGCGGAGCCACGCUGCUGGCCAGCGAAUCAGAGGCGGAGGAGUCUGAGCCGGAGACGGAGCCGGUCCCUGCAAAGCCGGUGCCGGGCGCGCCGGGCGCCAAGCCGCCUGGCGCCGGAGAGGUUUGUUCUCUGAACCGAAACAACGACGAUGACGACGACGACAAGAAGAAGCGCUCGGGCAUGGCAGCCAUGGUGCUGGGGAUGGUCGGGUUAGGGAAGAAGAACCAGAACACACAGGUCAACCCAGAGGAGGAAGAGAAGAAGAAGAAGGUGAUCAGACUUCCUGUCCAGCGGAGCGUAGAGACGGGAUUGGCCGUCGAGUUUAAAGCUCGUUUCACCCGCCAGCCGAGCCGAGACCCCGACGCAGACGACCCCAAACCUGGAGCGCUGAUAUUUCCAGGAGUGAAGCUGACGUCAGAUAAACAGUUCACGGGUUUCCUGGACGGAUUAGGCCCCGCCCAACUGGCUGGCCGCCAGACUCUGGCCACGCCCCCUUUGGGUGAUAUCCAGAUCGGGAUGGUGUACAGGAAGGAGCGUCUGGACGUGGAGGUGAUCCGAGCCCGAGGGCUUGUGGGUAAACAAGGCAACAAGAACACUCCAGCUCCCUAUGUGAAGGUCUAUCUAAUGGAUAAUGGGAAGUGUGUGUUGAAGAGGAGAACUCGUCUGGCGAGGAAAUCUCCCGAUCCUCUUUACCAACAACAGCUGCAGUUUGAAGAACACCCUGAAGGAAAGUAGUGCAGAUCAUCGUGUGGGGUGACUACGGGCGGAUGGAUCAUAAAUCCUUCAUGGGAGCCGCUCAGAUCCUAUUGGACGAUCUGGACCUGUCCCAAAUGGUGAUUGGCUGGUUUAAACUGUUUCCUGCCACAUCAUUGGUGGACGCCGCCUUGGCCCCGCUGACCAAUAAGGAGACAGAGGGAAAGGUGUAGCGUCAGGAGGAGGGACAAACGGAAGCAAUGGGAAGUUCUCCGAGCUUUAAACAAACUGAGCAUGCUCCAAACACACAGUGGAACUACAACUCCAAACAAACAGUGGAACUACAACUCCCAGCUAACAGUGGAACUACACCUCCCAGCUAACAGUGGAACUACAACUCCAAACAAACAGUGGAACUACAACUCCAAACAAACAGUGGAACUACAACUCCAAACAAACAGUGGAACUACAACUCCAAACAAACAGUGGAACUACACCUCCCAGCUAACAGUGGAACUACACCUCCCAGCUAACA